AAUGAGAGAGUGGUGCGCAGCGCACGAUAUCUACGUAUUAACUUUUCUUUGAUUCGCGGUAAAAGUGGUUUGUGAUCCGACGCUGAUCGCACGCUUGUCUUUGGACAGAAGAGACAUCCGUUCCGUUUAUUGGAAUAAAUUAUAGAGAUAAUGAAGUUGGUGUUGUUGGUAGUCACGGUAGCCGCCGUGACCGGCGUGCGCUCGUCGAACUUCACUUCUGCCGACGACACAUGCGAUGUCGAUGGGCCCGGCCCAUGGAGCGCUCUGCUCGAGGAGUGGGCCAUCUCCGCCGGGGAACGCCCGGGCAGGCAAGGUAGAAUCAUGGCGCUCCCUCCGUCGUCGGGCUACUACAUAACGGACCGAAUCGACACUCCACUCGUGCCGCCGCCCGCGCCGCGGCCUGCGGGCUCACGGCCCUACGAGGAGUGGGCUGCCACGCCGCCGCCGCCGCCAGGCCCCGGGAAAAUAGUCAAUCGGCCCCCUAAUCCCUAUAAGGAUAAGUUUAAACCCAGCUACGAAUAUACGCCUCCGCAGCAAAACAAACCGAUCCCAGCAUAUCCACAGCAGCCAAAUCGACCAAAUUCCAUAGACAGGUUGGACGAUCCUCCACGAAAGCAGGUCACAGAGACAGACUUAUACUUGCUCUCCGCUAUUGAAAAAUUGGUGUAUAGAGCUGAUCUAAUGGAAAAGAGGUUGAGAAAAUUGGAGGAGUCCAUGCACGUAUUGGUAGCCGGUUCUAAUCAUCAUCCAGAUCCCUGUGUGGCGAAUUUCACGCGAGUGGGCGACACAUGCUACCACUUCUCUGCGGCGGGGGCGGACUGGAAGACGGCCAACCUGGCGUGCCGCAAGCUGCGCUCCAACUUGCUGGAGCUGGAGGCCGAGCCCGAGCGCCGCCAGCUGCUCGCGCACUUGCUCAGCGAUCACAAGAUCAAAGCGCUGGACUGGUGGACCGGCGGGCUAAACCCCGGCCUGUUGUGGAUCUGGUCCAACUCUGCGCGGCCCGUGUCGGGCGGCACGGGCGCCGCGGGCGCUGCGGGCGCUGCCGGCAACGUCACCGUCGUGGGCGACGGCCGCUGCCUCGCGCUAGUCCACGACCCCGCGGCGCGCAGCUACGUCUACAGGGGCCAGGACUGCGGACUCAAGCACAGAUACGUCUGCGAGAAAGGAGAGGACAAAGCCAAACUCAGUAACGAAAUAGAAACUGUAUCCAAAAACAAACUUACCAACGAGAUCACGACUGAAACUCCCAACAAGCCUUCCACUCAGUCCUAAUAUAUAUAAGCUUUCAACCGCAAUCCAGUUUAUUUAUGUUGGUUUUAAAUUUAACAAGAAGACUGAAUUAUCAUAAAUGUUAAAAUAAAUGUAUAGCGAUGUAUAGAUAAAACCUAUUUAUAAAUAAAACAAAUUAUUUAUA